AGGAAAAUCCUUGUAGAUUGGUUAGUUGAUGUGCAAGGCGAAUUCAAGCUCACAACCGAAACUCUUCAGACUGCGAUUUUGCUUGUAGAUAGGAACCUGACGGCUCGACAUGAUAUCCAUUACAGUCAAAUACAAUUGGUGGGGAUCACUUGCCUGUUCAUCGCCUGCAAGCUGUGCGAGAUUAUGCACCCAACUCUCAUGGAUCUUGCAUGGAUCUGCGAUGGCUGUUACCAAGUAUCGGAUAUACAGAAACAGGAAAUUGCUAUUCUUCAGUUCACCGAGUUCGAACUUCGGGCUGUGACACCGAUCUCUUAUAUCAACGCCUUGUGCAUGUCUUUGGAACUGGACCACCAAACCAAAUGCAUGGCACAGUACGCCGCUUCACUUUUUCUCAUGGAAGGUCAAUCGGUUGGGAUGACACCAGGAGAGAUCGCUGGAGCUGCUAUCACAUUUGCGCUUCACAACCUGAAUAAGAGCACAAUCCCU